AUGAGCGCCUUGCGUAGAUCAGCGCGGAAUGUGGGCACCAGCUCCGCGAAGGAUAUUGUUGCUGGAAGCACAAGAGGCAGGAAACCGGGCAAGUCGGGGACGGAGGUAAGGAAGUCCCCAAAGAAGGGUGUUGUUGAAGUUGUGGUUGAACAGAGACCCAGACGUCCCCUAAGAAACCGACAGCCGACUCCGAUUCCGACCACAGAUGAUCACGCCCGAGAGACAUCUGAGCCAGCCGAACCGAAGAAUACUCCUGCGAAAGUUGUUGAACUUGUCGAGAAGCCCUCAAGUGAGGAGGAAUACAAAAAUCCGCUUGAGGGAUUUGGCGAUCAUACCUUUUCAACCAUCAAUGCAUCUCUGGAUUCAUCUGAAGGCAAUGAACCUCACGCGAAAGAAGCUGUUCUCGCCUGGCAGGCUCAAGCAACAGAGGAAGGAGGCAAUGAAGUCACCCCUAGCUCCUCCCUUCCACCAUCCUCUCCCCCCCCACCUCUCUCCGACGAGUCCGAUGAAGUCGACGACAUACAAGUCAAUCAAGACCUUGUCCCUCCGAGUGAGGACCCUAGUUCGAUGCUUGAUAAUACUUCCGACAUCUCAGACCCAUUUGGAUUCUUUGCUGCUGAAAAGAAGCUGAAAGAACGACGUAAAGAGUUGCGCUCAACGGCAGAAGCAACACCACCUUCCCCCCAGCCAUCUUUCACACAAACAAAGACGCCGCGUGUUUCACUCGCUGCUUCGACAUUAACCCGACCUGCAUUUUCCACCCCGGCGGUAAUACCGAGAUAUCGCUCGCGUUCUUCCUCUCUUUCUAGUGUGCCUGAUGAAGGGAUUGGAAUACCUGCGAAGAAGGCACGGGUCAGCCAGGGAUCCUUUGGUGCCGACGUCCCAAUUGGAGGACAAUCGAAACGCACGCGUUCCGCCCAGGUGCGCCCAGAGUCACCCUGUGAAGAAGACGAUGGCGUCCCUCAUCGCCGAAGAACAGCACGCAAGGUCAGCGGCGGCUCAUCGAGUGCGGGCGGAAAGGGGAAGAAGGUCGAGAAAGCGAAAGAUUCUCAGGGUAGUAGGAGACCGAGAGGGGCCGGUGCCGCUUCUGCUCGUCGCCGUCGGGCGAAGCAAGACGAGGAAGGAGAACUUAUCGAAGGUGCCGACGAUUCUUCCGAAGACGAGAUCGCCAAGAGACCCAAGCGCGACAGAGACCAACUCGCAAUUGCUCGUGCUAAACGAAUUGCAGAGUUCAAGGCGCUCGAUGACUACGAAUUGGAAGUGGAAGAGGUCUUAUUUUAA